AUGUCAAAUUCUCUCGUAUUUAUCACCGGCGGAACCGGAUUCAUUGGCGCACAUACCGUUCAAUCAUUGCUUGAAGCUGGCUAUCGUGUGCGUCUGAGUAUACGAAGGCCAGAACAAGAUGCGAUUGUCAAAAAGCGGUAUCCAAAAUUCGCAUCAGCUCUCGAGACUGUAUUGGUAAAGGACUUCUCCGAUCCAGAGUCGUUCAAAGAAGGUCUAGCUGGAGCUGAACAUGUCAUCCAUCUCGCAACACCAAUGCCCGACCGUUCUGGCACAGACUUUCGCAAGGACUUUGCCGAACCAGCAGUCAACGCAACUCUCGCAAUCCUCAAAGCUGCAUUGAAUUUUCCGCAGAUUAAGAAGGUGCUUGUCAUGUCCUCAAGUGUCGCACUGCUUCCUGUUUCUGUGUUAGCGAGGCCUGAUUUGGAGUAUGAGGUGAAGGACAACACUGGCGAGGUCAUCCCUGUCGACUUUGACGCUGAAUUCGCCCCAGGCCUCAUGGGGCAGGUCGUCAAAUACUCUGCGUCUAAAAUUGUUGCCCACCAAGCAACGCGUGAUUUUGUCAAGGAAAAGAAGCCUAACUAUACACUGAUCACUCUUCAUCCCACCUACGUUAUGGGUCAUGAUCUCACCCAAGAAACAGCAGAAGGCUUAGGUGGGAUCAAUUCUCUCCUAUGGGCGUCACUUGGCUCGGAGAAGCCACUGCUCGGAACGUCUUGGAUUCAUGUUCAGGACGUUGCGGAUGCGCACGUGAAGGCCUUGGAGGCAAAUGUCGAACAUGGGAAAGAGUUCCUUCUUUCAGGCCCAUCAUUUGCAUGGGAAGACGCGAUACAGUACAUCUGGAACAAGUAUCCUGACUUGGGAGUCAAGCUAGUGCCUCCAUUUGAAGGAAAGUGGACAGUCGACGUAACUGGUGCAGAAACAAUCCUCGGUCUCAAAUGGAGACCCAAAGAAUUGAUUCUGGACGAGGUCAUUGGACAGCAGCUUGCCCUUGGUAAUAAGUUGCCGUAA